CAAAAGGUUCUCACAACUUAUUACCCCAAACUCCCCCCUAAACAAGCAAAAAGACCACGACACAUACCAAUUCCAUUAACCUUCCUCCCAUCAUCUUCCAUCAAAUUACUCCCUCCAUCUCUCCCUCUCUCUCUCUCUCUCUUCUCAAUAGCUGUCCCUGGCCUUUUCCUCCUCCAUGCUUCCCCUCGCCGCCCAUUUCCUCCUCCUCCUCCACCCUCCACCACCAUGACCCCAAAGCUCCCUCAUGCCCUAUUCACCAUGCUCUGGCUAUCCCUCCUCCUGCUGUUGCUUCUCGAGUUCUACAGGUCCAGGUCCCAUCUCAGCAACAUACAGCACAUCGUCGGCAUCGGCACCAGGACCGAAUCAUCGCCCUCAUCCCCAUCCUCAUCCUCGACCUUUCACCACCGCGGUUCCAUCAACCGGAAGGUCCUGGCCAGCAAGUUCGACUUCGCCCCGUUCCAGAAACGCCACAGGAAGAGCCACCGGCCGGAGCCACCCGAUGAUGGUCGCGAGAUCGACCCCCGCUAUGGCAUGGAGAAGAGGCUGGUCCCGACCGGGCCGAACCCGCUGCAUCACUGAUUGAUGCAUAUUCAAUACCCAGUGGCAAGUUUUACAUCGCUGCAACCUGCAUGGAAAUUACAUCUCUUUGAAACCAUCCAUGAUGAUCUGCACUGCACCCCUGGGGCUCCAGAGAAACACGAUCUUUCGUCAGCUCCACCUUGUACAUGCAUUGAGUUGUCACUAUUGUGUUAUGAUGAAGAAGAACAGCAUAAUCUUGGGUUUUAGUUCAACUACAAUAUACAUAAUUUUUUUUCUUCUUUAUUUGUGAUGAUGAGCUUUGAUGUUCGAUCGGAAUGACAUAUGUUUGAUUAUUUUACUGUUAA